AUGGCAGAAGCCAGUAUAUCAUGGGCUCAGGAUCAGUUCAGCUGUGCAGUGUGUUUGGAUCUACUGAAGGAUCCAGUGACCAUUCCCUGUGGACACAGUUACUGUAUGAGCUGUAUUACAAACUGCUGGAAUCAGAAACAUAAGAAGAAAAUCUACAGCUGCCCUCAGUGCAGACAAACCUUCAGUCCUGUUUUAGGUAAAAACACCAUACUGGCUGAAAUGGUGGAGAAACUGAAGGAGACGAAAGUACAAGCUGCUGUUUCUGCUAGCUGUUCUGCUGGAGAUGUGCUGUGUGACGUCUGUACCGAAAUCAAACACGAAGCUGUCAAGUCCUGCCUGAUGUGUCUGAACUCUUACUGUGAAGAUCACCUCCAACAACACGAGAAUCUCUUCAAAGGAAAGAAACACAACUUGAUCGAGGCCACCGGACGACUUAAGGAGAUCAUCUGUCCUCAACACGAUAGACUGCUGGACGUUUACUGUCGCACUGAUCAGCUGUGUGUGUGUUAUCUGUGUACGAUUGAUGAACACAAAGAUCACGACACUGUGUCAUCUGCAGCAGAGAGAACCGACAAACAGGCGAUUUUGGACGACACGAAGAGAAAAUACCAUCAGAGAAUGGAGAAGAUAGAGAAGGAGCUUAAGGAGCUGAGAGAGACUGUGAUGUGUCAUAAGCAGCACUCUGCACAGAUAGCAGUGCACAUCACUGAGGGGAUCUUCAGACACAUGAUCCUCUCCAUGGAGAGAAGACGCUCUGAGGUGACGCAACACAUCCGAGAUCAGGAAAAGACUGCAGUGAGUCAAGCUGAAGAACACUUGAAGCGUCUGGAGCAGGAGAUUGAGGAUCUGAGGAAGAGAGACGCUGAGCUGGACGAGGUUUCAUACACACAUGAUGACGUCACUUUCAUACAGAGCUUUCAGUCUCUGCCUGUCUCUCUUGGAUGUGAAGAUAAACCCAUCAUCACUAUCACUUCUCAACUCUCUUUUGAUGAUGUGAAAAAGUCUGUAUCUAUGCUGAAAGAAAAACUUGACGAUUUCUGUAAAGAUAUUGACAAGAUGUCUAAUGGAGGAACAUGCAUUGAAGUUGAACCCACCAAUAAACCAAAGACCAGACAGGAUGUCCUACAAUAUUCCUGUCAGGUCACUCUGGACACAAACACAAUUAAUAAAAACCUCUGUCCGUCUGAGAGAAACAAAAAGAUUUCAUGGACCAACACAGUCCAGCAGAUCAUCCAGACAGAUUUGAUGAUGUGUGUCAGGUGUUGUGUAGUGAGAGUGUGUGUGGACGCUGUUACUGGGAGGUUGAGUGGAGUGGUUUUCAUGUGAGUAUAUCAGUGUCAUAUAAGAGCAUCAACAGGAAGGGUCGGGGUGAUGAAUGUAAUGAUCAGUCCUGGAGUUUAUAUUUACAUUUACGCAUUUGGCAGACGCUUUUAUCCAAAGUAACUUACAUUGCAUUAUAAUAUACACUGUACAUUUGUUUCUAAGUAUGUGCAAUCCCUGGGAUCGAACCCAUGACCUUGUCAUAUGAGAGACUGGGGCUGAAUGUCUCAUAUUUUGUGUUUAAAUUAAAGCCACAUUAAUUGAACAAACCAUUUCUCUUUUCAUAUGA